AUGAACUCACGUUUGUGGAGCGCCAUAAAGCGACGCGAUGAAGGAGAGACAAGAAAACUGCUGUUACAAGGGGCUCGCGUCGAUGCACGCCAAAAACACGAUGGAUACACUUACCUCAUGCUCAGCACUUCCUGCGACGAUCUCACCAUCACGAAGAUGCUCAUCGACUUCGGCUGUCCCGUCAACGUUAUCAGCCGUUACGGCAACUGCACAGCCUUGCAUCUCGCAGUUGCCUAUGUGAAUUACGAUAUAGCUUUCGAGCUGAUCAAAGCCGGAGCUAACGUGCACAUCAAAAACCAACACGGCGGCAGCACUGCACUGCAUCUCGCGGUAGUGGACCUAACUCACGUGGACUUGCUCGGGGAAGUUGUACCUAAUGUUCAACUGAAAGAAAAAAAUGCCUACUGCAUGGAUUGCAUCCGCUUCGCGGAUAUGUCCCGCUCAAAGUCUGGAAUUUGCGUGACGAUCGCCUCGGACAGCAACAACUGGAUUAAAAAACGCAUUCUCCUCGUGAAGAUGCUGCUGGAUGUCGGGGCCGACGUCAACGCCAAGGACAACAACAACUGCACGGCGAUUCACUCCGCCGUUUAUACCGGCGAUCUUCAGUUAAUGAAGAUUCUCAUCGAGGCCGGGGCCGAUGUAAACAACCAGAACCGCAUCGGUGCGACCCCUUUGCACGAGGCUAUCUUGUGCCGCAACGCGGAAAUGGUUAAUCUGCUGUUGAACAGUAGCGCCAACGUCUCCGCCAAAACCGUGCUCGGCAACACGCCCCUGCAUUGGGCCUCGAUGCUCAACGUCGACGCGGCCAUUUUGACCAACCUGAUGAAGUUCCAAAGUUCUUGUAUCGACGACCUGAACGCCGACGGCCUGUCGGCCUUCGAUGUCCUCUUGCAGAACGGCGAUCCGAUGUCAGUGAAGCUCUUCGUCGAGAAGUACGAUGCGAACUUGAUGCACGUCGAUAACAACGGAGUCACGGCGCUUCACCACGCGGCCUGCAAUCCAGACCCCAACCUGUUGAAACUAGUGCUCGACAGCACCGCGGGAGGACUCGCGGUCGACCAAGCUUGCAACAACGGCUUGACCGCACUGCACGUCGCGAGCAAAGAACUCCUACCGCAGAACGUUCGCCUACUCAUCGCCAGAGGGGCCAACGUCAACGCCAAGGAUAAGCACGGUAAGACCGCCUUAUUUUUAAGCGUACAUGGUUCCAAUACAAGCGAGAACCUAAAAAAGGUGACAGAACUGCUGCUCGAACAUGGCACCGACCUGAAUCAGAAGUACAUCGAGAGGGAGGCCGAGAAGACCAUACUGCAAGUAAGCAUCCAAGGCGUCUGCUCCAUCGUCACCCGCAUGAUCAUCAUGCACGCUGUCAAAGUCGAGUUCAAAACAAACCAACGGGUGUUCGACGACUAUAAUCUUGCGGUUAUACAAGACGACGAACUCGCCAUGCGGCAAUACUCUGCCGCUCGGAACGAGCUGAUGAUCAUGAGCAAUUCUGUGUUCGAAGAUACGUCGAUAACGCAUCUGGCCCUGUUGACCGGAUCGGAGCGAGAAGUACUGCGUUAUGCGAGAAAUAAAAAUCUGCUGAAAGCGUUUGAGAACAGCUACGAUCGAACCACUUACCUGUAUUAUGGCCCGAUAAUGAAGAGAAGAUUCGACGCAGCUGUUGCCAAACAGAAAGAUAUGGAAAAUGUAUGCAUUAUUUUAAGCGAACUGUUGCGAUUCGCGGGUCCGGAGCAUCCGGCUUUCGAAAUAAUUUUUCAUGGCUUGAGUGAUGAGGAUGUUAAAUUUCUUCUUGAGAAUGCUUAG